UCCAGUCCCAGCGAAUUCGGCAUUGGCGCUGGUUAUCUCGAUCUCAGUCCGCUGCCCUCAUCCAAUGUCGCUGCCGCCGCCUCAACCGCCGCAGUCGCGUUCACUAUCACAACUGCUGCUGCAGCAUCCACCAUCCCAGGCAGCAGCAGCAGCAGCAGUGCCGCAGGAGAGCCGCAACGCUUGCCACUGGUUUCGCAUCAAUGCGCUUCGCCUCGAUGACAAUCCUGCGCUGCUCGCUGCGAUCGAGUACAGCAGCAGCAGCAGCAGCAGCAGCAGUGCCCCGUCAGCAUCAGCACCGACAACGACGUCAGCAUCAGCAUCGCACAGUGGAACUGCGGAGCCGCAUAACACCCUGCACAAUGUCUUUGUGCUCGAUCCGUCGGACGCAACAAUCCCGUCGAGCGGACUGCCGCUGGUCUUCUUGCUGGAAAGCUUGACCAAUCUCCAAUCUCGCCUGACUUGGCUUGGAUCGCACUUGACAAUUCUGAGAGGCCAAGUCGAGCAAGUGCUGCCAGACUAUCUAUCCAAGCAUGACAUUUCUCUGGUGACCUACGAGGAAAGCACGCCAGAACCCGCAUCGAGUCAAGUCGCUCAAAGGCUUGAACAGGCGCUCCACCCAUUGCGCAUCCGACAGCGCCUGGAAACGUCGGCGUUUGUGACGCACACGCUUUAUGACAUGAACAUGCUCCUCGUUGCAUGCAAAAACACUCCUCCGCUGACCUAUGGCAAGUUUCUGUCUCUAAUCGAGUCCAUCGGCCCGCCGGUCGCCCCGUUGGACGCGCCACAUCGACUGGCUGAACGCGGCCCCGCGGGACAAACCGACGCGGCGACAGGAGGGAUUCCCUCGCUCGCCGAGCUUGGCAUUUCAGAGCCCCAUACUCCACUCAUGUUUCAUGGUGGCGAGACUGCUGGGCAAGCGCGAAUGCAUCACUAUUUGGGCGAUCUUGCGCGGGUGGCCAACUUUUCCAAGCCCGAGCUCGACCCCACGUUGUUUGAAGAGCCGUCGUCAAGCGUCAUGUCGCCGUAUCUGCGAUUUGGCUGCGUCUCUCCCCGGCGCUUCUUUUUCGAAAUCAACAAGGUGUACAUUGACAGCGGCGUGACGCCCACGCAGCCGCCCGUCUCCCUGCUUGGUCAGCUCUAUUGGCGAGAGUUCUUCUACCUUGUUGCGGCUGGCACUCCCAAUUUCGACCGCGCUGCCGGCAAUCCCAUCUGCAAGCAAAUCCAAUGGGAUGUCAACCCCGAGUAUCUGGCGGCUUGGGAGUCUGGUCGUACUGGAUAUCCAUGGAUUGAUGCAGCCAUGAACCAACUGCGAGAAGUGGGCUGGAUGCACCAUUUGGCUCGACACGCGGUGGCUUGUUUCUUGACCCGCGGAGACUUGUUUCUAUCUUGGGAGCUUGGCAGAGACUAUUUGCAGCGUACCCUCUUGGAUGCGGAUUGGAGCAUUAGCAAUGCCAACUGGAUGUGGAUGUCCGCGAGUGCAUUCUUCCAUGCCUAUUUUCGCGUUUAUAGCCCAAUCACGUUUGCCCAGCACUACGAUCCUGAGGGCAAGUUUGUCCGUCGGUUUGUGCCGGCUUUGCGCAACUUCCCCUCCGAGUACAUUUAUAUGCCGUGGUCGGCCCCAUUGGAAGUGCAGCGCGAGGCGGGGUGUAUUGUUGGAGUCGACUAUCCGAAGCCGAUUGUGGAUCACGAGCAAGUCUGCCGAACCAACAUGGAACGGAUGCGCGACGCCUACGCGCAGCAGCCCGAUGCAGCAGCUCUCAUGGCGGUGUCUGCAGUCUCGAUGCUGACUCGCCAGCCACACGAUGCUGUUACGCUGGCGCAGAUGCAUGGCCAGUCCAGUGGAACUCUUUCGAUCAAGUCGAGCGACUCCAUCUCGGCCCCAUUCUUUAAACCCCUCGAUACGAGUGCAAACGGUGUGGCCGACACGAGCCGGCUCGGGGACACCACGUCUGUUCAUUCGGGCUCGACAGACUCUAUUCCGCGUGCGCACCAAAAAACAGCGAGCGAGGAAGCUGCGCGCGUCACCAACGACGCACGGCGGUGGUCGACGACCCCUGUCCCUGUGCUAUCUCGAGAUCUUGGUCAGAUUUUGCAACAAUGGCAUGCAGACAUGCUGCAACGUGCGCAAGCAGCCUCGCAACUUGUGCAUCACAACCACAGUGACGAGGCGCAUCGCCACGCCUCGGAGGCCCACCACCACGCUCUGGAGCCGGACUCGAGUACGUCCCUGUCGUCUGGGUCUGUUACUCCCCCAUCUCAGGUCGGUUCCGCUGGGACUAUAUCAAAUCGCGAGGUCCAUUUUGACCCCGCGUUGCAUUCCAUGAUGGCCACCGAGGUUGUCGGUCAACUUCAUCCUGCUGUUGGGCUGGUCGCAGACCAUCUGAACGCUGCCAUUUCCACGCGUGUCACACGUCGUUCCUCUGAGGCCUUUGGUGAUAGCCACGCAGCAGCAGCAGCAGCAGCAGCAGCGUCCCAGCCUGGCAGUGCCAAACGAUCACGAGCAAGCACUCCUCCUUCCGUUGAAACCUCCACUCGUUGCACCUCCCCUCGGAAGCGAUGAACGAGUGCGUCAACGAAGUCCACUCUGAAGAGUAAUCAGUCUUCUCCGUCCGUGAUUGCACAGCGUGUUUUCGAAUUUAUGUUUGGUUUUUUUGUUUUGUUUCCGUUUUUGCUUUCGUAGCUUGUUGUUUUUAUUGUUGAUUGAGUUGAUUGGUGUGUUCCUGCGUAUCGUUUGUUUGACUUGUAUGGAGUAAUGGAUGUGUGUGGACCACGCCACGGGUGUUUAAUACAGAAUUUUGCGCAA